AUGUCACACAAACAGUAUUUAACAACAUCAGAUGUCAUCACUAUUAACAAAAUUGUAGAUACAUCAAUUGUCAUUCUUACAUCUAACAUUGGUGAUACUAGUGUUACUAAUCCCUUCCUUGUAUCUAUUGGUUGUGGAUUCAUAGCAGCUCUUCUUCAUUACUUCUUUUUAGCUGCUUUCUGUUGGAUGUUAUGUGAAGGCAUCAUGUUGUUUUUACAACUAGUUAUUGUAUUCUCUUCAAUUUCUAAAAGAUGUAGACGGGCUGUUAUAUGGGCUUUUCUAGGACCAGCAUUGUUGAUUAUUUUGAUCAAUAUUGUACUGCUGAUGUUAGCUAUUCCAGCAAUGGUACGCUAUUAUAAAAGACGACAAAAACACAGUCGAAUAAAAGACAAGAAAAAAAGGAGAUAUUAUCAGGUGUUGAAGCAUUGUUGA